UUCAUACCGAGGUGCCGAGAGCUCCAGUUUGUUGCCGCAUCCCGAUGUCUCUGCUCUGGCGGGCAGGGCAGCAGCGAGUGCGGUUCACAGGCGUGGCCGUGGGUGCGACGAAUGCGCGAACGGGUCCCGGGACGUCCUCGGGAAAUGGAACAUCAUUGAUUGACCGGAUUGACCUCCAGAAUCCCCAAUCCACAUCCACCCCUUCGAUCCCGGUAGACAGAGCGACACCAGCCUGAAAGUCCUCGGCGAUUCAUCUGCUGCACCUUGUCUCCCAAACCACCAACCAUCACACCCCCUCCGUCGUCACUUCGUCGUCGUCGUCAAAAUGAUUGCUCAGCGCGCUGGUACCACCGCCCUUCGUCGGGUGGCCGCUGCCCCUAGCAGCGUCUUCAAGCUUGCUCCCCUUGCUAUGCAGACUAGAACCUUCCAAACCGACAAACUCACCCCCGCCGAGGCCUCCGCCCUCCUCGCCCAACAACGUCUCAAGCGCCCCGUCUCCCCCCACCUCGAGAUCUACGACCCCAAGCAGACCUGGUUCGGCGGUUCGGCGUGGCAGCGCAUCACGGGCGCCUCGUUUUCCGGCGCCCUGUACGCCUCGGCCGUCGCCUACCUCGCCGCCCCUCUCGUCGGUUGGCACCUGGAGUCCGCCUCGCUCGUCGCUGCCGCCGCUGCUCUGCCCGUUGCUGUCAAGGGCGGACUCAAGUUUUUGGUGGCCUGGCCGUUUGUGUUCCACGCCAUCAACGGUGUGAGACACUUGGCUUUUGAUUUGGGCAUUGGGUUUACAAGGGCCACGAUUAUCAAGACUGGUUGGUACUUUUGGGGUGCGAGCAUUGUUGGCGGUCUUUACUUGGCUUUUUUCAUGUAAAUCAUUCCCACUAGGGAUGGUUUGCUGAGGGGGUAGAGUAAAGGAGGAUUAGGAGGAAGGAAAGAUUGGGUGGAAGGAAGAGGACUCUUGGACAAAUCCUGCGGUUAUUAUCCACGGAAAAGAUUGGAGAGAACUGGAUUGUCGCGUGUUGUAUGAGUACCUAGGAGAGUGAGGUGUUGGAAUGGAAACAUUCAAUCUUUUUUUUCGUGUGAAGCACGAUUAUGCGAUCUUGAUAUCCGUACAACAGAUACCUAUGUGACAGGCAGUUUGGGCUGGGACGGUAAGACGAAGGCCAAUUCCCAAUGAUCCAGUUUAAUGGACCAUUACGUGGGUGUCGAGGUGGCAAAGUAGACCAAUGAAUGACCACAGCAAGGACUUAUCACGGAACAGCCCGGAAGGCAAGCAAAG